UUUGAUUUGUCAUAUAGUUGGUCGGUUUGCUGUGUCUAUACUUCCAUACUUGCUGCUUUCAUCUUCGAAAAAAGAAACUUUUUAUUUGGUGGUACAACGGGGGCGUUUUCCUCGUUCUGGAAUCGCACUUCUGUGCGAUGGGGUGUUUCGGAAACAACAUUACCGAUGAAGAGCAAGAAACGAAUCGGAGACAGAGAAAUACGAACAAAAAGAUCGAGAAGCAACUAAGGGAUGAUAAAAUUGCAUACCGCGCGACCCAUCGCCUUCUUCUACUGGGGGCUGGAGAAUCUGGAAAGAGCACGAUCGUCAAACAGAUGAGGAUCUUACACGACGUACAUGGCUUUACGGAGCAGGAAAAGAGGCAAAAAAUAGAAGAUAUAAAGAAGAAUAUUAGAGAUGCAAUAUUGACCAUAACAGGGGCUAUGCCGACGCUAACUCCGCCGGUGAAGUUAGCCAACCCUAAUAACCAGUUUAGAAUCGACUACUUGCACGAAGUGGCCACGACGCCAGACUUCGACUAUCCCCCGGAGUUCUAUGAACACACAAAAAUCUUAUGGCAAGACGCGGGUGUGCUCGAAUGCUUUGAACGAUCCAACGAGUACCAACUUAUCGACUGUGCGCAAUAGUGAGUAUAUUUAUUAUAACAUCUUUGGGGCUUUUUUACAUGGUCAAGACGUUGAAAUACUCCAUUAUUGUGUCUUCUCGAUGAUAUAUGCGCUUCACAAGCGUGUUUUCUCGCUUCUUUUGGUAGAAAAUACGCUUGCUGAGGUGUUUUUACAGCCUUAGUCGAGCGUUCAACGUAGCCAUGGGGUUUUGGAAGAUGGCAGUAUGUUUACAAACUAUAGCCCCGACAAAAUGGCUGGAAAAGAAUUAUUAUUCGUGGUCAUAGCGCUUCUUUGAUGUUAUUUUCUGCUACUGAUGAAUAUUCCCCUUCAAUUCCGUGUGAGCAUCUUCGCUAAGGAUUAUUUAUUUUCUAGUGGUUUUCAGAAGCGAUAAAAUCGUGAUUUUACGUUCGAAAACCUCUGUCACGCUGUUGUGAGAACCGUUGUAAGUAUGAAGCCAUAUACGAACGAAGACUGUUUCCUUACUUAAGCUUGUGUUUUGUGUCCGGUACGGUUCGAUAUCGCAUGGUUUUUAUCCGUAAUGGUUUUUGUGGCAUUAAAACAGUUGGUAAACGGUUUCGUAGCUAUUCUUGGUGCUCGGGCUGUCAAAUGAUAAACUACAGGAUAAUAAAGCUGAAUAAAGGGAUUUCUGAUGGGAUGUACUUCUGUACGCGAGGAAACAUAGUGAUUGCUAUGCGAAAUCUAGAUAGAAUGAUACGUACGCUUACAGUUUUGCGAAAUGCACUGCGCUAGCAUUUUAUCCUUGAGUUUGUAACACAUAUUCUGUAGGUUUCUGAUGAAAAAACGCCGGUUUCUCCGACGUGAAACCGUGAACCAUUUCCCAGCCAACUUUAUUUUGUUUUGAAUUGGUUUCCAUGCAAAAGCUAAGACAGCUCAACGGUAUAUAGAGGCGAAUUUUAAUGCUCUAGAUUCUGUUAUUGAUGUAAGAACCUAUACUAUUGCUGACCCGUGGGCUAUUCAGCCUAGAAGUAUGUCGGUGCUGAGCUAGCAAAUGAUCUUCGAACCGAAAUAUUUUUAUGUUGAUUUCUUCAAUGGCUUCGGUAUAUAGCAUUUCGAGCGGAUCUUUGCAUGCUGUGUCUAUGAUAAUUGUAAAGAUGGCGUGUUGAAACCGUGAAAAUACUCUUACAUUGUAAAAAAUGUGAUAUUUAAAAAUACAAGUUGAAGUGACCAGACAGGAAAAGAAGAAUUUUUAACGAAAACGGAUCACUGCCUUUAGGUAGGGUCACUCACGAAUCCUAUUUUUAGAUGAAACACACAAAGUUAGGCAUAUUUUAGUGGAUUUGCGUGGAAUGAGCUCUGGCUUCCUAGCUGUAUUUUUUGUUGCUAAGAAUAUGCAAGAAGCGUAUUCUUGUUUUGCUGAAUUCAAAGCAGUCACUCAUUUGCAAGAGAAGAACAUUGUAAGCCUUGUCAACUUACUUGCAUGUAGACAUCUGCAUGUUUCAAGUUUUAGCAUCAUCCAGUUUUGUUCUUUUUGUUUAGAACUAUAAUUCUUUUGUGUUCAAUGCUUCCCCCUUCCAUAAACAGAAAAGUCUAGGUUUGAACAUACCCAGUAUAUUUUUAGUGAUAUUUUGUGCAAUGAUAGAGAUAGAAUGCAAAUGUACUAAACACUAUUCUUGUCUGUGUGAUAAAGUUUUAUGCAGCAUUUUCUGUAAUGGUUGUUGCAAACUUUUGGUCGAAAUCAUGAAUAUUACUAAAAUUUCCAUUGCUGUAACAUUAAGGUAGCUCAAACUUUUUUUGUUAGAUAAUUUUUCAUAAAAUUGAAAGUGCCAAGGGUUAUUUUAGAGUUGACAUGAAGAUAUUUUGUUUUAUUUUUGGCAGUUUGCAUGGUUGUUGCUUUUUUUUUUUCUUGUUAAAAAUAACUCCUUCCUGAUGAGGUUUCUCGGCAAUAUUUAUUGAUCAACAUAUUGUUUAUACUUUGGAUAGCAGUAUAUUUAUUUACUUUUGUUUGUUUAUUCAUUUGUUUGCUCUUUAUCUGCUAAACUUUGCCAAGGAAACUGCUUUGUGAUUGUAGUUGUAAAUUUGUAUAUUCACUAGAUAAAACCUGGAGUUCUCCUAAGUAAAACUGUUACUGCUUUAAAAAGUAUAUUCAUUGUGCCUUGUUGAUUUUGAUCUUGGUCUAGUUUUAGGUGCAAAGUUUAAUAUUUGUACUAAAAAGUAGUGAAUUUAUCUUUCUUUAGUUUUCAAUUCAUGAAUGCACUUUAAGUGAAAAUCUCUCUAGAUCACAAGUAGAUAGUAGUUUCUCCUGUACAUUUGUUGCCUUUUGCAACUCUUGUAUUUCGCUUUUGGUGGCUCUGCAUCGUUCUGCCUUACUGUUUGAGGGGUAAGGAAAUUCAAAUUUAUUUGCAAAGUCUGUUGCCAAGUCAUUUAUCUGGUCAAAAAUUGCUUGAGUAUCAUCAUUUGUCUUAGUGUAGUUUAGGGUACUGUCUGUUUUGUAAUGUUAUAUUUGCAAGAAAUUUCAGCUUUGGUUUGGGUGUUAUACUAUAUCUGUUCAAUCAAUGCCGAUUUUGUGAAUUUUGAUCAGCGCUCAUACCAUGUUUACUCAAGUGUAGUCUAAUCUUGUAAGACAUUGUAAGUAAUUGAGACCUGGUGAUUACUAAACAGUCGAGUAUGUUCAAAAAUUUUAACAGUUAUCUUUUCUUUUUUGACUAGUGAAUGCAAAGACAUGAUCAGUUUGUUGCAGAAAAAAUUCACUAACUCUGAAAGUCAGUUUAAGGGUCAUAAAUAUUUAUGGUAAUUCUGCUGACUGGUACAUUCCGUGCAUUAUAGAUGUUAAGUGGUAGUAGCCAGGCGAUGUUUGCGUGACCAUUGUCAACUUCGUGGCUGCCUCUUCGUGGCUGCCUCUUCGUGGC